ACCUCCCUCUGCCUGUGGCGUUACAGUUCAACUUCGCAGGACUCAUCAACAUCUUCGACAAGUUGUCAGCGCUCCGCUGUUGGAGAUGUCGCUAAUAAUCCACAUUUUAGCGACACUGGCUCUGUGGUGUCCUGUCACGGCACAGGAGCCAGAGUUUGCGGAUGUUUGCACCGAAGGCAGCUGCUACCCCGCCACUGGUGACCUGCUGAUCGGCCGGGCGCACAAACUCAUCGCCUCCUCCACCUGCGGCCUGGAGAAGCAGGAGCGUUUCUGCAUCGUCGGACAUCUGGAGGAGGAGAAAAAAUGUUUUGCAUGCGACUCCAGGGAAAUGUACGAUGAGGACAGCAACCAAGUCAGCCACACCAUUGAGAACGUGGUCACCACCUUUGCCCACAACCGCCUCAAGACCUGGUGGCAGUCAGAGAAUGGUGUGGAGAACGUGACCAUUCAGCUGGACCUGGAGGCUGAGUUUCAUUUCACACAUCUUAUCAUGACCUUCAAGACGUUUCGUCCGGCUGCCAUGGUGAUUGAGCGGUCUAACGACUUUGGGAAGACGUGGCAGGUUUAUCGAUAUUUUGCCUACGACUGCGAAUCGUCCUUCCCCGGCGUUUCUUCGGGGCCCUUGGUCAAAGUGGAUGACAUCAUCUGUGACUCUCGCUACUCAGACAUCGAACCGUCCACCGAAGGAGAGGUGAUAUUCCGGGUGCUGGACCCCGCCUUCGAAAUUGUGGACCCCUACAGCCUGAGGAUACAAAACAUGUUGAAGAUCACCAACCUUCGGGUGAAGUUCAUGAAGCUCCACACGUUGGGCGACAACCUACUUGACUACCGUGAAGAGGUUGUGGAGAAGUACUACUACGCCAUCUUUGACAUGGUUGUGCGCGGGAACUGUUUCUGUUACGGCCACGCCUCGGAGUGUGCCCCCAUGACGGGAGCAUCAACAAGUGCCGAGGGCAUGGUCCACGGCCGCUGUGCGUGUAAUCACAACACAGAGGGACUGAACUGUGAGCGCUGUCAAGACUUUUACCAAGAUUUGCCUUGGAGACCUGCAGAGGGACGAAACACCAAUGCCUGCAAGAAGUGCGAGUGCAACCAUCACUCCACCAAGUGUCACUUCGAUCUGGCCGUGUACAUGACGACCCUCAACACGAGCGGAGGCGUGUGUGAGGACUGUCAGCACAACACGGUGGGCCGACAGUGCGAGCAGUGUGCACCUUUCUUCUACCAGCACCCCAACAGAGACCUGAGGGACCCCAGCGUCUGUGAACCAUGUAACUGUGACCCAGCCGGAUCUCUGCAGGGCGGACUGUGUGACUCGAGGACCGAUGUGGCGGCUGGGAUGAUCUCGGGCCAGUGUCGGUGCAAAGCCAAAGUGGAGGGAGAGCGCUGCGACCACUGCAGACAGGGACACUAUGGACUGGGACAGGGGCCUCAUGGCUGUCUACCUUGUACCUGUAACCCGCUGGGCACUGCGCCUGGAGGAAGCUCCUGUGAUUCAGACACAGGAAGGUGCUUCUGCAAACGUCUCGUCGACGGACACAACUGCGAUCAGUGUCUGCCACAGCACUGGGGUUUGUCCAAUGACAUGGAUGGCUGCAGACCAUGCGACUGUGACCAGGGUGGGGCUGUCAAUAACGACUGUGACCCUCACUCAGGACAGUGUGUGUGCAGGAAGCAUAUGUUCGGUCGACGCUGCGAUCGGGUCGAGUCCGGCUUCUACUUUGUUGCUCUAGAUCACUAUACCUACGAGGCAGAGGACGCUAAGCUCGGACCUGGUGUGACGGUGGUACCGAGGCCCCAUCCUCCGGAUCGCAGUCUUACAUGGACUGGUAUGGGUUUUGUUAAUGUUCCAGAAGAAGCUUACUUAGAGUUCACCAUCAACAACAUCCCAGAGUCCAUGGACUAUGACAUGCUCAUUCGCUAUGAACCACAGUUGCCAGAGCAGUGGGAGCAGGUGAACAUCAGAGUACUGCGGCCCGUCUUCACCCCUCCAGACUCUUAUGCCUCUCACUGCAGCAACUCCAUCCAGAGUGGAGAUGAGCAGUUCAUCUCUCUCCCAUCUGGAUCCAGACAUGUGCUGCUGGUGAGCCCGGUGUGUUUUGAGAAGGGACUGAACUACACGGUCCGUGUCAGUCUGCCUCUCUACUCGUCAGCCAGUGAUGGCCAGAGCCCGUACAUGCUCAUCGACUCUUUGGUGCUGAUGCCCCGGAUCAGGGACCUGGACAUGUUCAGUGGGGUGGACGGUGAGGAAGCGUGGGAUACAUUCCAACGCUACCGAUGUCUGGAGAGCAGCAGGAGUGUCUUCAAAAGCCCCAUGACUGACAUCUGUAACAAAUACAUCUUGAGCAUCUCUGCUCUACUGCACAAUGGAGCCAUAGCAUGCCAGUGUGAUCUUCAGGGUUCACUCAGCACCGUGUGUGAGCCCAGCGGAGGUCAGUGUCGAUGUCGACCCAAUGUUGUUGGUAGGAACUGUGAACACUGUGCUCCGGCUACAUUCCUGUUCAGCCCCGCCGGCUGCAGACCUUGCGGCUGUGACCCUCAGGGCUCAGCCAGUCCCUUCUGCCGUGAGGCGACCGGCCAGUGCGAGUGUUUCCCAGGGGUCUCAGGGCGCCAGUGUUCCCACUGCCUGCCGGGAUUCUGGGGUUUCCCUCGUUGUCAACAGUGCCAGUGUAACGGCCACAGCGAGCACUGCCACCCUCAGACCGGAGAGUGUCAGCGCUGCAGAGACUUCACCGCUGGCCACUACUGUGAGAGGUGUCUGGCUGGUUACCAUGGUGAUCCAGGGUUAGGUUCAGGUAGCCACUGUCGCCCCUGUAUGUGCCCCGAGGGACCAGGCAGCGGACGCCAGUUUGCUGACAGCUGUUAUCUGGCCAACACUGAUCAGCUGGUGUGUGUGUGCAGCCCGGGCUACAAAGGUGCCAGGUGUGACGAGUGUGCCCCUGGUUAUUUCGGGAACCCUCUGGUGCCCGGUGGGCGCUGCAUGCCCUGCCAGUGUAACAACAACAUCGACAUGCACGACCCAGGCUCCUGUGACGUCCGGACAGGUGCCUGUCUCAGAUGCCUGCACCACACCGACGGCUACAGGUGCCAGCACUGCAAGCUGGGUUACUACGGCAACGCUGCCACUCAGAGCUGCAGGAAGUGUAUGUGUCACUCGAUGGGCACGGUACCUCUGGCCUGUUCCUCCCCUGACCAGUGUCAGUGUGAUCAGCACACUGGCCAGUGCUCCUGCCAGCUAAACGUCAUUGGUCAGAACUGUGACCGCUGUGCUGCUGAUACGUGGAACAUCGCCAGCGGAACAGGCUGUGAGCGCUGUGGCUGCAACCCUGUCCACUCCUUCGCAUCCUCCUGCAAUGAGGUCACGGGACAGUGCAUGUGCAGACCCGGGUUUGGUGGUAGAACAUGUCGGGAGUGCAAAGAGCUCUUCUGGGGGGAUCCAGAGGUUAAAUGUCAUGCUUGUGACUGUGACCCUCGGGGGAUCUCCAGCGAGCAGUGCCAUCGUGCCACUGGUCAGUGCACCUGCUGGGAGGGUUAUUCUGGCGCACGGUGUGACCAGUGCGCAAGAGGCUACCAGGGUGAGUUCCCCGAUUGCGAGCGGUGCCAUGAGUGCUUCGCCACCUGGGACAUCGUGGUCAGCGAGCUGAUCAACCAAACUCUACGUCUGGAGGCCAGAGUGACAGAGCUGCAGACCACUGGGGUGACGGAGCCUUAUAUAGAAUUAGUGAGCAGCCUGGAACGAAACGCUAAGGCGGUCAGAGAAAUAGUAGAGAGCCACCCUGCAGCAGUGAAGCAGAUCCAGGAGCUGAUGCACAAGAUCACCGAUUUGAUGUCCUACCUAAAUGGAAAGCUAAACACGACAGAGGAGACCCUGGACAGUCUCCACAGUGACACCAACUUCACAGACACAAACUUGGACGCGAUGAUCCACGAGGCUAAACAGCUGGAGCUGAGUGUCCAAGAGCUGAGUCAGCAGGUGGACCAAGCCAAGAAUUCCAACUUGCAGGGUGCCCUGGACACCAUUAGAACAGCACACAAGCAGUCGCUCGCAGCAGAGCACCUCGCCAACGCCUCCACCAGUAAUCCUGGUAACACAGUGCAGCAGUCAGCCGCAGUACGGAAAGCCACAGAGGACCGACUCAGCAGCAGCCAGAAGGAGUUUGACCGCAAGCACCAAAGAAACUCACAGAAGCUGAACAAAUUGUCCAACGAACUGGAGAAACUGGACAUGGCACCACUUAGCGAGAAGACAUGUGGUGGUGCAGCUGAAGGGGACGACUGCUCUGGCUCCCCCUGUGGCGGUUUAGGCUGCGUUGGUGAGGAGGGAACACCUAAGUGUGGAGGAGAAGGCUGUACAGGCCUCCUUACAACCUCCCGGACUGCUCUCAAAUCAGCCAAGGACCUGGACAAGCAGAUCACAACAGCCAUGCAGGAAGUGGACAAGCUCUCCAGGAUGGUGUGGGAAGCCAGCAUCAAUGCAAAUAAGGCCAAGGUGAGCGCUAUGGAGGUGCUGAUCAAAUCCAACCAGAGCAAAGAAAGAUUGGAGCAGAGCAACGAGCAGCUCCGCAGCCUCAUCGGAGAGAUACGAGACCUCCUCAAUAGUGACAAGGCGAAUGCGAGUGUUAUCGAGGCAGUGGCUAACGAGGUGUUGGCUCUGGAGAUGCCAGCCUCGGCAGGGGAACUGGAGAAGCUGCUGGAGGAGAUCAGAGAGAAGGUGGCCGCUCUGACCGGUGUGGAGACCAUACUGAGUCAGAGCGCUGCAGAUGUCCAGGCUGCGGAGACGCUGCUGAAGCAGGCCCAGGCUGCCAGCAAGCAGGCAUCCAUCAUGAAGGAGAAGGCAGAGAUGGUGAAGGCAGCCCUGGAUGAGACUGAGCGUGCUCAGAGUAUCGCCAUGGAUGCCAUCCAGCUGGCCCAAAACAACACUAAGGGCACCCUGGACCUGCUGGUUUCUGUGGAGUCGGAGACGGCCAUGUCGGAGCUGAAGCUCGGUAACUCCACAGGUCGUCUGCUUCAGCUGGAGAGGGAGGUCAGCCUACUGAGACAGAACAACCUGGAGGUGAAGCAGCUGGUGGAGACGACUGACAGGACCAGCGAGCAGGCCAAAGUGGAAGUAGAGGAGGCCCAGCAGGAGUUUGACGUGGAGGUGAAACAUAAACUGGAGCAGGUGGAGGACCUGGUGGAGGAUAAAGGGGACGUGGUGCUUCAGGCGAGGAAGAGAGCGGACAAACUGCAGCAGGAGGCCAGAGACCUGCUCGCCCAGAGCAGCAGCAAGCUGCAGAGACUCGGAGAGCUAGAGACCUUGUAUGAGGCCAACCAACGCAUCCUGGAGGCCAAAGCUGCAGAACUGUCUGAGCUGGAGGACCGCGUCCGCCGGAUCCUGACGGAGAUCAGCUCCAAAGUCACGCUGUACAGCACCUGUCUGUGAUGACAACCUGGCGCUCCAGCACCUCAAACUCUUUCCUGUUCUCCAGUGUCUUGGCUGCGGUUUUAAUAGCCCCAGAUGUUUGGAAAGCAUUUGAAAGUACUGCUCCCAGAUGUUUCCCUCAGUGUUUUAUAGCGAUUAGGACCAACCACUGUAAAAUGUUUGACACUGUUACUUCCAAAUGUUUUGGUUGUGUGAACCAGCAGCUUAACACCCAAGUAUAAUGGACAGCUAUGCCAAAAAGUAUUUUAACAAUAGAACCAAGCUGUAAAGCUGCCAAAGACCAUUGAAGUAUCAAGUCCCAAGGGAAACGACUAAAAUCCAAUGUGACCUCAGUGCUAGAAAAUGUGUAGAGGAUAUAAGUAUUUAGCUGUGUAAGCUCCUACUCUCUGUUUCAAUAUGACUGAACAUGUUUGAUAGAAAUAUUGUACUUAAGCCCAAACAUCCAAAGCACUGUGAGGACUGAACAAAGUUUUGUGAAUGGUGCUGUGACUAUGGACAAAUAAUAAAUUCUGAUUUGAAAAUGAA